AUGGGUGACGGUGCUAGUCAGUUAAUCAAAAUGUCUGGAGCGAAUCCCCCUCGAAGCGUUACGCCAAACGCGCAGCAGGACUACGAUGUUACGCGUAUGCGAGAGGAAGACUUCGAGCGGCUGGCCGUCUACAUCGUGCCGGAUAUGCCCUGCGAGAAGGGUGUACCGGGACGGGCGGAAAAGACACUACCCCGCAGCCUGACGCUCAAACCCUCCCUCGUCCUCUCAACGCCCACCUCUACGACUGAAGGAGUGUGGAGUACGGGGGUCAUCCCACGGGGUACCCGAUUCGGUCCGUUCGAGGGUGUCCGCACACCGAGCCAUCCCAGUGACAAACAGCUAUGGCGGUACUUUUGGAGGGUGCAGGAACUACGACAUGUUUCCUAUGGGAAUAUCAAGAUAUUCAAGGACAGUGAUUUCUACUAUCUGGACGGUUCGGAUACAGCACAGUCGAACUGGAUGCGGUACGUAGCGUCCGCGUACAGCUUCUCGGUGAUGAAUCUGGUCGCGUGCCAGCAUCAGGAACACAUCUACUUCUACACGAUACGCGACAUCAUGCCGAAUGAGGAGCUGAUGGUGUGGUACUGUCGCGAUUUUGCCAAGCGGCUCGGGUACGACAUCGAUCCGGAGCGUGCGACCUACUCCAUCUGUCGCGAGGAGGUGGUAAAGAAGACGUACAAGCAACCCGUCCCACCGGAGGUCGCCUACAACCAUGUGAAGCACGUGAUGGGCCUAUACCUGCCGGCGAUGGUACGCAGUACGCCCACGCCGAGUCCUUCACCACCUGCUCCACCAACCAGUGGUCAUGUUCCUUCCACCAAGCAUCACGCACUGCAUCAGACGGUCCUGAGGGAGCCCCGGAAUGGUGGUUCCGUGCCGGUGGGAGCUACUGCUGCAGCCGACGAGUCACUACGGGAUCGAUCCCCAAUACGCAUUGUGAUCCGUGAACAAAGUCCGCUGCUGCGGGAAAGCGUAAAGGAGGUGGACGCCGACUCACCAAUCUCGCAGACGAAGGAGACCGCGUACGAACAUCAGCUGACGCCGAACGAUGGCUCGGUACGGUCGGAUGAGGGUUACCACAGCAAUGGGUACCAUGAGGAUGGGUUCACACCACCGGAGGACUCGAGCGAUAGCGAGAGCGAACACAACUACGUGCUGGACUGCUCGAAAAAGGCGAUCGAACCGAAGGAGACGAGUGUGGGACAGCACAAGGUGAGCACCACUGAGUCGUGUGACAAGAAUGAGUACCGGAAGGUCAAGAUGAAGAUGCCGCUCAAGUACGAGUUCAAGAACAACAGCAAGAACUUCAAGGUGGAGCCCGAGCUGGAGACAACGGAGCGAGAGGUGGAAGCCGUGGCCACGAUUGGACCAGUUAGUGUGGAACCGAUCGGGACGGGUAUGCGCGAGGUAACACCUGCUACGAGUACCGUGAUUGUGCUGGACACAACACCCGAGACGGUUGUGGUCCCGCUGACGAAGAGCUAUUACGAGGCAGAACCGACGUCGACCUCACCGGCGACCUUCAUCCGCUAUACACCGCCGAGCUCGAGCUCAAUCCUGGAGACGAUCCUGACCGGUAGCAGUCGGGCACCGUCCGCGGAUGAUCCACACCGGCGGCAGCCAAAUGCGACACCGCCCCCGACGUCUCCAACCGAGAUGGCCUACUCGUACAAGAAGUCGCAACGCUACGGAACCGCGUGCAGUCCGGAUUCGAGCUCGCAGAAUCCUGCACCAGAGCCGACCGAGCCCACCUCACGAUCUCAACCGCUCGAACAGGAACCGAAGGAAGCGGAACAUGCGGAUCUCGCCCACCAUCUGCCCCAUCACCAUCUCCACCAUCACCCGCACCAUCACCAUCUGCUUCACGCGCAGCAUCAGCAACCGCACCAGAGCAGCUACCACCAUGGACAUGAUCGGCUGCACGAUCGAGAAGAAGCGGCUCCGUCUCCUGCGCCCUCACCCCUCGUCUAUCCCGGAGAGCAUCAUCAUCUGCUUCCUCAUCAUCCGCAUCACAGUGCGCACCAUCCACAACACCACCACAGGACACACUCGCCCGUACCGUACGAGUCGCCGAUACCGAGCUACAGUAGCAGCAGUAUUUACUCGACCUCAAAUGGGUCGGCUAGUGUGAUCAAUAGCGCUUCCAGCUCCACCUAUAGUCCGCCACUGAACGGGGGACAUUACGAGAGACUGACGACAUCGUCGACUACCCCGAUGCGCACGGUAUCGCCCGGUGUGCCCAGCGGGCCGCCCGGUCCAACGCAACCGUCCGGGUUCGUGCAGCUCCAAUCCAAAGGUCAGCUACCUCUUGGACAUCCGCUGAUGCAACCGCUGACGCCGCUCACGCACAUGUCCCCCGGUCGCACGUCACCACCGAGCAGUCUCAGUCCGGACGGUGGUUCGUACAGCCGCAGUGGCAGCCCCAUGAGCCCGGGAAGUCCCAACUCACGCGGCUACCGUAGUCUCCCCUAUCCGCUGCGCAAACGAGAUGGCAAGAUGCACUACGAGUGUAACGUGUGCAGUAAGACAUUCGGUCAGCUGUCGAACCUGAAGGUCCAUCUAAGGACCCACUCCGGCGAACGGCCGUUCAAGUGCAAUGUCUGUACGAAGUCCUUCACGCAGCUGGCGCACCUGCAGAAGCAUCAUCUGGUGCAUACGGGCGAGAAGCCCCAUCAGUGCGACAUCUGCAAGAAGCGGUUCUCGUCCACGUCCAACCUGAAGACGCAUUUGCGUCUGCACAGUGGCCAGAAGCCGUACGCGUGUGAUCUUUGCCCGCAAAAGUUUACCCAGUUCGUGCAUCUGAAGUUGCACAAGCGGCUGCACACGAACGACCGGCCGUACGUAUGCCAGGGCUGUGAUAAGAAGUACAUCAGUGCGUCCGGCUUGCGAACGCACUGGAAGACGACCAGUUGCAAGCCGAACAAUCUGGAGGAGGAACUAGCGAUGGCUGCCGCGGCUACGUCCGAGUGUUUAGAUAAGGAUGGUCAACCGGAUGGUGAAGGUGGUCGCGAGUUCUACGAGAUGUCUCACCUCCCAGCAACGCACCACGGUAACGGGCCGGCGGGUGUGGUCCAGCCGACGACCGCGACCUCGUCCUCCACCCAACCUCAAUCCGCCUCACACCCACACCACCCGCACUCGGGAAUGGCGCAUCACCAUUCCGAGCAGGUCAUACACAAGGUGUCGGCGGGCAAGAUCCAGCAGCAUGCGAACGGAACGGGCCCCAGUAACAACAACAGCCCCAACAGUACCAACCACAAUCUACCGUCACCGCAUCUGCACUACGGCGGACAUCUGGUGCAACCGGCCACGAACGGUGCGGGAGCGGGUGGGUCGGCAUCUACCGCCUCCCAGCACGAACCCGCCAGCCGCCCGAGUGUGAUCGAGUCCAGCCAGCCGAUGGUGAUCGAGUGUACGUAG